ACAUAGUUCUCUUUGAGUGCCUCUCAAGGGUUGACAUCCGCCAGCGUGCACUCAUUUUCUCGUUCAGUCUGUACUCCUCCACAACCAUGAGCUUCUACGCACCUCAGGCCUCUCAUAUCUCAUUCACCCGCUCUGUGCCAGUACACCGUGCCGCUAGUACGUAUGGUGGGGCUGGUGGACAGGGCACCAGGAUCUCCUCUGCCUCUUCCAUGUCUCUCCGUUCUACCCCUAGAAUUGGGGGCAUUACUUCAUCUUCUGCCUAUAGAGUGAGCUCAGCAGGUAUGGGCACUGGUGCUGCCGGGGGGUCCUUCAGGGCGAGUGUGGGCUCUACAGGGCCCGUCCUGGGCAAUGAGAGAGGCCAGAUGCAGAAUUUGAAUGACCGUUUGGCUGCUUAUCUGGAGACAGUGCGCAGGCUGGAACAGGAGAAUGGCAAACUGGAGAUGCAGAUCAGAGAGGUCCUGGAGAAAGGUGGACCAGAGUCACGUGACUACAGCAAGUUCAACGACAUCCUGGAUGAAAUGAGGAGAAAGGUGUUUGAUGCCACUGUGGACAAUGCUCGCUUUGUUCUUCAGAUCGACAACGCUCGUCUGGCUGCAGAUGACUUCAGAGUAAAGUUUGAGAAUGAGAUGGCCAUUAGGCAGUCUGUGGAAGCAGAUAUUGGAAGUCUGAAGAGGGUAAUUGAUGACACCAAUGUUGGUCGCCUGAAUGUAGAGUGUGAAAUUGAGGCCUUGAAAGAAGAGCUUGUCUUCCUCAAUAAAAACCAUGAAAAUGAAGCUGGAGAGCUGCGAAACCAGAUUUCCCAGUCAGGUGUUCAGGUUGACGUUGACGCACCCAAGGGGCAGGAUAUGUCUCAAGUGAUGGAGGAAAUGCGGGCUAACUAUGAAAAACAGGCUCUCAAAAAUACAGAGGAACUCAAAAUGUGGCAUGAAACCCAGAUGUCAGAAGUUCAGAUGCAGGUAGCACAGAACACAGAGGCAUUACAGGGUGCUCAAAUGGAGAUAAAUGACCUUCGCAGACAGAUUCAGACGCUAGAAAUAGAGCUUGCAUCCCAACAAAGCCUGAAAGCAUCACUUGAGGGUACACUGCGGAAUACAGAGCUACAUUUGAAUACAGAGACAGAGAAUCACAAUGCCAUCUUAAUGCAGCUUGAGGCUGAGCUGACACAGCUGAGGUCAAAGAUCACAGAGCAGGGUCAGGAAUACGAAGCCUUGCUUAAUAUGAAGAUGAAACUGGAAGCAGAAAUCCGUGCUUACAAGGACCUCCUUGAUGGAGGAGACUUCAAGCUCUUGGAUGCACUAGAUAACUGAGAGUGAUACUACAUGUGCCAUGGGCUAAACAGAAACAACUCUUCAGAUCACACUUGACAUUUUAGAUAGCAUUCAUGUGGAACUUGUGGCAAAUAUUUAUCAUAAUUUUCCCUUCCACUUUUUCCCCAGAAAUACACAGCACAAGUGAGUCACAUUGGUUUCUGGGUAUAUUUAAUCUCUUUUACAGUUUGGCAGAACAACAACUUUAUGGGCAGGUUUUUAAACAUCACAUGUUAUAAUGCCAUGUCAUUGUACAAUUAUACAGUCUUAUAAGAGAGGCUGAAUAUGAAAAUGUGAAUAGAAAUGUUAACUACUCUACAAGCCGAAGCAAUAAGAAAAAAAAUCAAUUAAAACACAUGCUUUCUAAAGUAAAGGUGAAAGUGAUUUCUGAAGAAAAA